UUUCAAGCCUUUCUAUUAUCCUUUACUAUCUAGCUUCGUGACUGACUAGCUGAUUAGUGAUUAGUGUUAUGCCAGAGAAUAAGACAAGAUCAUGAGAUGUGCUGCGCAAUGCCGAGAUGAGGACAAACAAAACUCGAGCGUCCAUCCAUCCACGAACCACGAUAGCAUAAGCACAAAAAAAUCUCUUACCCGGAGACACACAGAGGAAGAAAGCAGAGUGAGACGGAAAUAUGGCUGGAGCUGGAAGGAGCAGCAGCGGUGGAGAUGGAAGAUGGUCACUUCAAGGAAAGACUGCCUUCGUCACUGGUGGAACCAAAGGAAUUGGGUAUCUUCCCUUUUACUCUGCAGUCGAGUCUUGUUCCUUCUGUUCUAUAUAGCUCAUUGGUCGACUGUGAAACACCCACGGUAUUCCUUGCACUCUACCUGUUUGUUUAUAUGCCGCAACCAGAUAUGCUAUCGUGGAGGAAUUGGCUGGACUUGGGGCGACAGUACAUACUUGUUCAAGGGACGGAACUCGCCUCGACGAGUGUUUACGUGAAUGGAAAUCCAAGGGCUUCCAAGUUACCGGGUCAGCCUGCGAUGUUUCCUCGCGAGCUGAACGGGAAAACAUCGUGAAAGAAGUUUUCUCCCUGUUCAGUGGGAAAUUAGAUAUCCUCGUCAACAACGUUGGAACAAACGUAACAAAACCAACCCUGGAUUACACAUCAGAGGAUUUUUCAAUGCUGAUGGGCACCAAUUUCGAUUCUGCUUAUCACUUCUGCCAACUUGCACACCCGCUUCUGCAAGCUUCUGGGGCUGGAAGCAUCGUGUUCAUCUCUUCUGUUGGAGGGGUGGUUUCACUCAGCACUGGAAGCAUCUAUGGAGCAACCAAAGGAGCCAUGAACCAACUCACCAGAAACUUGUCUUGCGAGUGGGCGAAGGACAACAUAAGGACCAACUGUGUUGCUCCUUGGUACAUCAGAACCCCACUGGCGGAGCGGCAUCUCAGCAAGGAAGAGUUCAAGAAUGAGGUUGUGGGUCGAACACCAAUGGGGCGAGUUGGGGAACCAAAGGAAGUGUCUUCUCUAGUUGCGUUCCUCUGCCUCCCAGCUGCCUCUUACAUAACUGGCCAGACCAUUUGCGUCGAUGGAGGAAUGAGUGUCUAUGGUUUCUCCUUCCCGUGAUACAAUAUGAAAGUUCUCUCUGCUUUCUGGGUCGGUCUCUUAGUGUUAGUACUGUUCCCAUCAGAGGCCUCAUUUUAUGACUGAGCUACUGGUCUGUAAGCUAGCUUCAACAAAUCAAAGUUCUCAGAGAGUUUACUCCAUGUUUCGAUGAUCUUUGGACGAAACAUAAUAUAAUCCACAGUGGCAGUGGAGUGCUAUGCACUAAAUCCUCCAGUUCCCUUGAGUUCUUUCUUGGCUUUGUCGCUUCUUUUCUUCCUAGUUCCUACACAGUUUAUUUUUAUUUAUCCAGUUAUUUUAUUUUAUCGUCCGUUUACUAAAAAUUCGGUCUUCAUGAGUACUUUUCAUCAUCCGAAGAACUUUCCUGGAAACAACACUCUAAUGUAGCUACUAAACAAUAUAUAAAGAGUGACCCUCCUAACGACAUGAUCUGGAAAAGCUGAAAGCGGAGAGAGGAGACCAAUCAGGGGAUGGCGGAAGCAGCAAGCAGCAGCAGGUCCGGAAACAGAUGGUCUCUCCAUGGAAUGACCGCUUUGGUCACCGGCGGGACCAAAGGAAUCGGGCGCGCCAUCGUGGAGGAAUUAGCAUGCCACGGUGCGGCCGUGCACACUUGUUCCCGCAGCGAGGUGGAGCUUAAUCAAAGGAUAAUCGAAUGGAAAGAGAAGGGCUUUGAUAAAGUCACUGGAUCCGUUUGUAACGUGUCCUCUGCCGUCGAACGGGAGAAGCUCAUCGGCGUCGUCUCUUCUCUAUUCGCCGGCAGACUUAACAUUCUCGUGAACAACGCUGCAACGGCCACUGGGAAACCGCCUACAGAGGUUACAGCUGAAGAGCUCUCCCAUAUGUGGAAAACCAACUUCGAGUCCGGUUUCAACUUGUGCCAGCUCGCACAUCCUCUCCUCAAAACUUCCGGAUCGGGAAGCAUCGUUUUCAUAUCUUCCGUCGCUGGUUCAACUGCUACGCCUAAUCUCUCAGCCUAUGGAGCAACCAAAGGGGCAAUCAACCAGCUAACGAGAAGCUUGGCAUGCGAAUGGGCCAAAGACAACAUAAGGAGCAACGCUGUGGCGCCUUGGUUGACCAGGACCCCACUUGUCGAGCAGGAUCUCCAAGACGAAGGAUUUCUAAAAGCGGUUCUAAAGUGCUCACCACUUGGGCGGAUAGCAGAGCCAGAGGAAGUGUCGUCGAUGGUGGCAUUCUUAUGCAUGCCUGCUGCAUCUUACAUUACAGGCCAAAUCAUAACUGUUGAUGGAGGAGUUACUGUCAAUAUUUUCUCCAUGUGAAGUUCAGUAGCAACGCCUGUUUUCGAUUGUUGUGUGCUGUGCGCUUGAUUCAGAACCAACAUGCACGAAUAUGUAUGGAACAGUUCCUUGUUUUGGUGUCGAUGUAUUCAAAUAAGUUAGUAACUAAAGUGAUACGAAAUAUGGUUGUGCUAGAUUACAGAUCUCUCCCGGUGUUUGGAGGUUAGAACUUAGUAUUGUUUAGCAUUUUUCGACAGAGUUCCAACUCCAAAAAUUAUUAUUAUUAUUAUUAUUAUUAUUAUUAUUAUUAUUAUUAUUAUUAUUAUUAUUAUUAUUAUUAU